AUGAUAAAGGAGUCGCUAUUGGAGUGCCCUUCGGAUGGAAAGUGCAAUAUCAAUGCAAACACUAGAAAGUUGUGUCCAAAAUGUAGACUUCAUAAGUGUUUGGCUGUGGGUAUGAAAAAAGAAUACAUAUUAGGUGAUGAGGAAAGGGAGCAAAGGAGACAAUUAGUCGCAGAGAAUAGACGCAAACGAAAACAAUUGAGUGAAAGUCAAAACACGUCCUCAGAAGCGAAUGAACCCUCAAAUCCACGGCCACUUGAGUCGACCAUAUCUAGUGAUUGUGGUGACAGUGACUUCUUGGAUGAUAUAAUGGGAUGCGUUUUGGAUGAGCACUCGGACCACAGUAUUGAGACAUUGAAAGACAGACAUAAGUUAGAAGAUAUCAAUGAGAAGUCACAAAAAAUAGCUGUCAUUCCGCUGUUCAAAGAGCUCACAGAUUAUAACAGUUUGAAUGAAUUAGAGAUCAAUAAAAUUGGAGAGUUAUUGAACACAUCCAAGAUAUUUGACUACCCGUCCACCAAAAACAUCAUAAAACUUAAGGACAAAUCAGAGUACGUAAGGCUUUACUCCCAAAGAACUGAAGAUAUUGUCAAAGAAUUGCUUAAUUAUAGCAAAGGGUUGAAUGGAUUUAGUAGGCUAUGCGAUGAGGACCAGUACACCAUAUUUAAGUACGGGUGCUCUGAAAUGUUAUUAAUGCGAUCACUCUAUUCAACCCAAAUCGACCCGGUCUUAAGCACAGAUAUAAUGUUAGAUAUUUACUAUUCAAGUGUCGAUCCGAUUGUGACUCAAAAGAAAGGUUAUGUCAACUAA